UGAAUAGUAAUAGAAAUCCUGCCUCCUUUUUACAGGAAUUUGAUUUUAAGAUUUUUUUCCCCCUGUUUUUUGUGCCUUUAUUGUUCUAAAAAAUUGAUUUACUUCAUCCUCUAAAAGUGACUAAUUCCUGUCAGGUACUUUUUAGGGCUGAGAGCCAAGAAUCAUUUUGAAAACAUGAGAUUUUUGAUAUGAUCUUUGGACUGGAUGUUUUUUUUAAGCAGGCUCUGACCUAUGUGAUGCAUAUUUUUGGUACCAUGCCUUAUCACGAUGAAGAGUACCCAGGCCAACCUCUGUGGCAAUCUGUCCUGCUCUUCUGCUGCAAGGGUAUGAUUGAAGGAAUCAUGGUCGUUCUCUUCUUCUGGCUCCUGGUGCAGGUCCUCUUCACCAAACAAUUAGAAGUUCAUCUUCAGGUUCUUCUUCUGGUUGGACUGAUCGUGUUUUGUCUGUCGUUGAUCCUUGGAUGCAUUCUGUGCUGGAAGAAAAGUGACAUUUCUACAGCAAUCACUAAACCGGCCCCACCACCGCAGGCUGCUGUUGAAACUGUGAUCUCUACUCAGGAGCCAAAUUCCUCAAGAGAAACCGCUGGAUCCAGGCAGCUGUAUGAUGAGCCGCAUGGAGAAACGAUGGAAUAUCCCUCUACCUUUACCAGUCCAGCACCUUCUGAGGGUGAACCUUUCUCUCAUGUGCUCUCUUAUCCAGCUCAAGCUCCAAUUGACGAAGACGAGCAGGCAACAUCUUAUUUUUCCCUGCGUCGCCUAAGCUCACCAAUGCAAACAGCCCCACUCUAUAAGCCCAUUCACCCAAGCCGUGCUUCCCUGCCUUCUUUACCCAAACUGGGGAUGCAGUUUGGGCAAAGCAAAACAUGUAAGGCCAUGCAGAGGAGCUGCACGUUGGCUGGACAUUAUAAAUCCUCAGAUGAACUCAGCAGACUCACCCGGUCCAAUAUCACCUCACAAUUAACUCCUGAAAAACCAAUUCCCAUGGCUCCAGUGAGCUACGGCUCCAGUGCAUCCUGCAAACCGCUAAUAUCCAAACCUUACCUGCACUUCUCUGCCGCCUUUUGUUCAGAGCAGCAAACGCUUACAGUCACUAUUUUAAGCCUCUCUGGGAGACCUCAGACACUGGAGGACAUAACUGUCCUGGGUAGUCUACCACCUUUGCACACGUAUCCGACUCCAGCGUGUUCCCAGAGCAGCUUCAGCCCUGAAUCCAACAACCUGGUGCUGAUCCUGAAGGUGAGCUCUGUGAACGAGCUGAAAAACUGUGAACUACGACUUGCUCCCUAUGUGCAAAAGGAGCAGAGCCAAAGAGCCACUGCUUUAGGGGAAGUAGUGGUGAAAUGCGGAGAGACAGACUGGAAAUCAGAGCAUCCAUUUCACUUCAUGAAAGAACUGGACCAAAACAAUCCACAAAUUGAAGAAGUGUCUCUGAAUGUGUUUUAACUUUUGAAAUUUCGCCUGUUUUUGAGUUUUUCUUGAUAAUUGCUGUUGCUGUUGAUUGGACAAAAGUUUUUAUGAAGCAGGAUCUUCUGAGUUACACUUAACAAAUAAACAACCCCCAUUGCAAAGGUGGUGGACCCGUU